GUGUGUGCAAGUAGCGCACACGUCUCACUAUCAAGUGGAUCCAUCAGAGAAAAACAAGUCCGUGGAAGUCCUCUUGUGCCACCGACUCUAACGUGGAAGUUGAUCCCACUAAAAGAACUCACCGGGCGGACGCGGGCCACCCAGCCGCCAUGGCGCGCGAUGCAGCCGGCGGCGGACACCUCCAGGAGUCGGUCCUCCUCCUCCUCCUCCUCGCGGUUCUGCUCGAGCGGACGGGAGUCGCUGAAUCCGUCUUGGCACUGAGUUAAAAGCAAAAAAAAAAAAAAAAAAGGCAAAGAAAAAAAGAAAGUAAGGAUUAUAAAGGCAAUUAUGCUGCGGCGAGGGUCGAUCGGAAGCUGCGGGCACCAGCGGCACCAGACGGACCUUCAUUCCGCAUGAUCCUGCCCGGGGGAAGGAGACCGAGAGGCGGGCGAAAAGUUGGACGCAGUCGCGGCUUGGAGGACGGAUAAGGACUCGGCAAAGGUCUCUGGUUCCAAAUGCCACCCUCCUUGGACUCUGCCCCAGUGGGGGAACGGCAGCGGUGUGUGACGGACAGGCGAGCAGAGCCUGCGGUGGCUUCAGACCGGUCCCGGAGCAACCAGUGAAGAAGCCCUGCCUUGGUCUGACGUCCCGGCACGGAUGGAGUUGCUCAAAGGACUGACCAAUGAGACCACUGAUCGUCAUUCGAGGACUACAGGAUUACAUCCGCAUUUUCCCCGUCGUUUCAAAGUAACCGACAUUACCGAACGCUCCCUGGUGGACUUUUUUUUUUAAGUUUGGUAUUUGGUGGUUUUAGCCAUCAUUGCCAAUUUGAUUCACUCGGCCACAGUUCUUUUUUUAUUGUUGGGUUUCCCGGUUUCCGCUUUUUUUUGGUUCCACUAUGGAGUUUCUGGCCGGACCCUGGAAUAAGGAUUGGACUUCAUUCUUGCAGUUUUGGUUGACUGUGAUCCUAAGCCUUCAAACGCAAUUCAGCCCAGGUGCCUCGUGUCCGGACGAGUGUCGUUGUGACAAGUUAUUUGUGUACUGCAAUGAACGCAGCCUGACAUCAGUGCCUCUGGGUGUACAGGAGGGCUACACUGUGCUCUACCUGCACAACAACCAGAUCAACAAUGCUGGCUUCCCCCUCGAACUUCACAAUCUGGCCUCCGUGGAGACUGUGUAUCUCUAUGGCAACCAGCUGGAUGAGUUUCCUAUCAAUCUGCCCAAAAACACCAGAGUACUGCAUCUCCAGGAGAACAAUAUUCAAACAAUCUCCAGGGCAGCGCUAGCACAGCUGACUCGUUUAGAGGAGUUGCACCUUGAUGAUAACUCCAUCUCCACAGUGGGGGUGGAAGAAGGGGCCUUUAGGGAGGCACUGAGCCUCAAACUCCUCUUCCUCACCAAGAACCACUUAAGCAGUGUUCCCAUCGGCCUCCCAGAGGACCUUAAGGAGCUGCGAUUGGACGAGAAUAGAAUCGCCGUCAUCGCAGAGGAGGCCUUCCAGAAUGUGACCCGUCUGCAGCGCCUCCUGCUGGACGGGAACCUGCUGACGGACGAGGGCAUCGCACCAGGGACCUUCCAGGGGCUGGCCAGCCUCCGUGAGCUGGCGCUGGCCCGCAACUCCCUCACGUUCCCCCCUCCCCUUUUACCGAGCCAGUCGCUGGUCAAGCUGAGCCUGCAGGAGAACCAGAUCGACCAGAUCCCAGUGGCGGCUUUUGCCGACCUCAACAGGCUGGAGAGGUUGGACAUUUCCAGCAACCAACUUCAGACGCUGACGCAGGGUGUGUUUGACGGCCUGUCCAGCUUGAGGCAUCUCAUGGUGCGGAAUAACCCGUGGCGCUGCGACUGCGCGGUGAAAUGGGUGGUGGUGUGGCUCAAGUCGUUGCCUUCCGCCAUAAACGCCAGAGGGUUCGUGUGUCAGAGUCCGGACAGGGUGCGCGGCAUGGCGAUCCGAGAGCUCACGUUGGAUAUCAUCGAAUGCCCGGUCGACGCCGAGCAACCGUCGUGGCCUACCAUUCGCUCCACGCCUCCUCCGCCGCCCACCACCACCCCUCUCACCACCAUGAUCUCCACUCUUUCAACCACAUCCAUUCCGGACUACUUAGACUCACCUUCCCCACCCUUACCCCCGAUCUAUAACAAUCCUCCCGGGCCCCUUCCUCCUUACGAGGACCCUCUUCAAAUCUCCUUCCAUGUGGUCAACUCCACCAGCAUCGACGUAAGCUGGGCUUCCUAUUUCACCGUCACAGCCUACAAAGUCACCUGGGUCAAAAGGGGCCAAAGCCAAAUAAACGAAGGGAUGCAGGAGCGGACAGUGAGCGGCGUCCAACGGCACACCAGCCUCGCCGAUCUGGAACCCCGGUCCGUGUACCGGAUUUGCGUGCACGUUCUGGACACCCAUAAUUCCUACAGACCUGGAGAGGAUACAAUAUGCUCUGAGGCCAGGACCAAGGCUGCCUCUCCGACUAAGUCUCCCGGUUCGGGGCAAACGCCAAAGGAGAGCGUUAACUCCACGUUGUUAAUGGCCGGCAUCAUCGGCGGGGCGGUGCUGGUCAUCUUGGUCACGCUCCUCAGCCUGUUUUGCUGGCACAUGCACAGGAAGAGCCGGUCGGCUUCGGCAAAGUGGAAAUACAACCGCGGCCGCAGAAAAGACGACUACUGCGAGGCCGGGACCAAGAAGGAUAACUCCAUUCUCGAGAUGACUGAAACCAGCUUCCAGAUAGUGGCGCUGAACAACGAGCAGCUGCUCAAGGGCGAUUUCCGCAUCCAGCCCAUCUACACGCCCAACGGGGGGAUCGGAUUUAGAGACUGUCAUCUCAGUAACAACAGCUUGGCCUACUGCAAGAGCAGCAACGUGCCCAGUACCGAGUUUUGCCACACGUGACGAUGCGGCACUCCCACAAACUGGAGAUGACAAAUACAAACAAUACACACGCUGUUUGUGUAGACUACAACAGAAACGCUUACAAAAUCAUAGUAAAAUAUUAACUGUACUAUAUAUAUAUAUAUAUACAUAUAUAUAUAUAUACAUAUAUAUAUAUUUCCAAGUUCUGUCAAUGAUGUAAUUUAUACUGUGGAUAAUAACGUGGGGAUCUCUGCUAUCUUUUUUAUUCAUAGGAAAAAACGAGAUCCAAGUGUUUUGGCUUUUUUUUUUUUUUUCUUAAAAACAGCAGGGUUUCGAAAGUUGUUUUAAUGCUCAUUAUCGUACAUAAACACACGAUUUGUACAAUCACGGCACUUCCGGGGGUGUAGCUUCUGACAAACGCUGUCAGCCUCGGAACACUUUGCUAACCACAGAAGCAAAAAAAAAAAAAAAAAAAAAUGUUUUUUAUUUUAAGACGUUAAUACAUCACAAUACACAAAACAGCUGAUGGCAGCACUUUGGAAAGAGCACGGCUGGUGGAAUGUUGGAUAAAACUGCACUAUUUAGAGAAAAAAAAAAUAUCCAUGUUAGCAAUACUUGUAACGAUAUCAAAAAUCGUGACCAAAAUGAUCACGUUCAUUAUUAUUAUUAUUAUCCCGAUACUGUUGAAUGUCCUCAUAAAGUACACACACUAACAAUCUUUAUCUUUUAACCUUUUUUCAUUUGUAAAGUUUUUCCACGCAUUUUUACCGAUAAGAGGUAGAAUUCGGAUUCACAAUCGAUUCUCCAUUCAACAGAAUUCUUCUUUAUAAGCGGGGGUGCUGAAAAAAAACCCAAAAUUAUGCGCAUUCGCGAUCCAAUCCAAAUUGUGAUUAUUAUUUGUACCGAUUUUGAAUCGAUUCAGAAUUGUCGAAAAUCGUUUAAAAAAAAAAAAAAUACUAUCGAUUUUUGAAAAUACCGUAUUUUCCGCACCAUAAGCCGCCCUGGGUUAUAAGCCGCGCCUUCAAUGAACGGCAUAUUUCAAAACUUUGUCCACCUAUAAGCCGCCCCGUGUUAUAAGCCGCAUCUAACUGCGCUAAAGGGAAUGUCAAAAAAACAGUCAGAUAGGUCAGUCAAACUUUAAUAAUAUAUUAAAAACCAGCGUGAUGUGGGCGCGCAUGGAGUCGUAUAUCAACAUGGACGGAGCUGCGUCGUAUAUCAACAUGGACGGAGCUGCGUGAAAAAAGCCACCCGGCCUCUUCGCGUAAACUUACCUUAACCACUCGCUCAUCUUUUCUUCAUCCAUCCAUCCCUUCGAGUUAGCUUUUAUGAUGACGCCGGCUGGAAAGGUCUCUUUUGGCAAGGUCUUCCUUUUGAAUAUCACCAUGGGUGGAAGUUUCUGGCCAUUAGCAUGGCAAGCUAGAACCACAGUGAAGGAUGACUUCUCAUUCCCUGUGGUGCGAAUAUUCACCGUACGUGCUCCCGUUGUAUCCACAGUGCGGUUCACAGGAAUAUCAAAAGUCAGUGGAACCUCGUCCAUGUUGAUAAUGUUCUCUGGCCGGAUCUUUUUUUCAGCUAUCUUGUUUUUACAAUAUGCACGGAAAGUAGCCAGCUUUUCUUGAAAGUCUUUAGGCACUUGCUGUGAAAUAGUAGUCCGUGUGCGGAUGGAGAGAUUGCGUCUUUUCAUGAACCGGAAAGCUGCCGCUUAGUAGGAGCCAUUUUGUGGUCUUUACAGAUGUAAACACACAAAGGAAAUGAAACGUAAUAUCCGCGCGCUUCUUCUUCUUCUUCUACGCGGGCGGGUGGUUGCUUACAGUAGAAGAAGAAGCGCUUCCUGUUCUAUGGGGGCGGGUGCUUACCUUGGCGGUUGCUUGCGUAGAAGAAGAAGCACUUCCUCUUCUACGGGGAAAAAAGAUGGCGGCUGUUUACCGUAGUUGCGAGACCGAAACUUUAUGAAAAUGAAUCUUAAUAUUAAUCCAUAUAUAAAGCGCAUCGGGUUAUAAGCCGCACUGUCAGCUUUUGAGUAAAUUUGUGGUUUUUAGGUGCGGCUAAUAGUGCGGAAAAUACGGUAGUUUAAAUUGUAUACUGUAACCUGUUUUGAAAAAUGUUUCAUUAUAAUUUAUACACCAAAUAAUAUAUUGUAAGAAUCGUGUUGAUCGAGAAUCGAUACUAAAUCGAAUAAUCACUUCAUGAAUCGUAGCAGAAUGAUUCGUUGUAGGAAUCACGUCCCUAGUUAUGUGGUAUGAGAAAAAAUACAAAAAUAAAUAGGGGUUUUAAUUUUUGGGUACCGAACGAUUCGAUCUGAUUCCGAGUCCUGGGGUGACGAUUCGAUUCAGAAUCGAUAAUCGAAUCAACACAAUUCUCGAUUCAAACCGAUUUUUGCAAUCUAUUAUUAGGUUAGAAAAGUUCCUUCUGGUUGCAUGAAAAUGGUCUAAAACAUAUUUUAAAAAAAUAUAUUCUUAAUAAAAAAAAUUAAAAUUUCUUUUACAAUUUUUUAAAGAUUUUCAAAAUUAUGAAUCAAUUUAAAAUCCGGAUGAAUAAGAAUCGCAAUUUUUGGGUGUGAAAUGAUUUUUUUUGUGCACCCCUAUUAAUUACAGUCAAAUCUUUUGAAAAGCGCCUUUUGGCUGCUAACGUGUGAAAUACAAGCGCAGAGGGGCAAAAAAACCAAAAAAAAUUUAAAAUCCAUUUAAAAAAAUUUGGAAUCAGUUUACAAUUAAUAUGAAUAAAUAUUAUAUUUAUUUAAAAUAUUUUACAGCACCCCUAAUGUCUGGUUUAUGCGACACCUCCGUGUCAUAUUCCUGCGAGUAUUCAAGUUUAUUGGGGUAUGUCAUUAAUUAGUGGGGAAAGACGUUAGCAUGUUAGCAUGUUAGCAUUUUAGCGAGCCGGCGAUGAGCGCCAGCUUGCUUCCCCAGUAAAUGAGUACCAUCACCGGUCGGUGAGUUUACAAAGUGCGGUUAUCAAUCACGGUUUCACUAUCAGUUUCAUUUAAAACGGUAAUGCUGUCCGUCUAGAGUUUUGCCACGGUUUGUCUUUGACAUUGUUAUGAGGAAUCAUGGAAGGGGAAUCCCAAAAGUGCCUUCGACUCUAAUAUCGUCCUUGCUCUGGUUGUCUACAGUCGAGCAAAGACGAGAUUUAUUUAAGGGACAUUUUUUUGGAAAAAUCGUAUCUGUCCAGUCAUAAAGUUAUACAAUUAUUUAAAAUCCAUUAUCAAACAGAAGAGCAAUCAAUGUGACCGUCACUUUAACAAAAAGCAUGUGACCGAUACAGCUGCUGCGGCGAUUGACCACGUUUGUCAGAAAGCGCUUCUGACAUUUUGUACG